UCAAUAACAAAGGAUGCUAACUGUCUCAAUCUUACAACCACAGCAAUAAAUUGAAUUCUCCAAAUCAAAAGACUUUCUCACUCUCCAAUUCUCUUACAAUGGAAAUUACAAAAUGAGAUGAUAAAGUUGUUUUAAAUGAACACUUCUUUUGUCCAAUCUACUUAUAAACACAGACAAUUAUAAACUAAAAUAAUGUACCUGUUGUGUAUUGGACUAUUUUUUUUAUUACAUACUCGUUUAUAAUUUAACAAUUAGAUUACUUGUAAAUUAUUUUUAUCAAAUAGAAGAUAUAUAUAUUUUUAAUUAUUUUAAAAUCAAGUUAGGUUAACGUUCGAUAUGAUUUAAAUGGCACUGAUGUAGUGGUAUAGAGAGACACCAGGAGCCUGGCAAAAAAAAAAUGUGUAGCCUCGAGAAGCGUGGAAAUGUGUGGGUCCUCACCCUGGCCGGCGACGACCCCCAGCACCGUCUCAAUCCAACCCUAAUCGAUUCUCUGGCCUCCGCGCUUUCUCGUCUCGCCUCUCUCGCCACCCCCGGCUCCGUCCUCCUCACCACCGCCCACGGCAAAUUCUUCUCCAACGGCUUCGAUCUCGCCUGGGCCCGCGCCGCAUCAAACCCCUCCGCCGCCUUCAAUCGCCUCCAGUCACUCGUUGCCUCCUUCAGGCCCGUCGUCGCCGCGCUCCUCUCCCUUCCCAUGCCCACCAUCGCCGCCGUCAACGGCCACGCCUCCGCAGCCGGGUUCAUGCUCGCGAUUAGCCACGACUACGUUCUGAUGCGCAGCGACCGCGGUGUGCUCUAUAUGCCGGAGGUGGACCUCGGGCUGCCGCUGCCGGACUACUUCACCGCCGUGAUGAGGUCGAAGAUGAAGUCGCCGGCGGUGCUGCGCGACUUGGUACUGGGCGGCGCAAAGAUGAGGGGGGCUGAGGCAGUGAAGACGGGGAUCGUGGAUUCGGCGCACGAUAGCGAGGAGAGCACGAUGGAGGCUGCGAUGCGCCUGGGGGAGCAGUUAGCCGGAAGGAAAUGGGUGGGUGAAGUUUACGCAGAGAUAAGAAAGAGUUUGUAUCCAGUUGCGUGCAACGCUCUGGGUUUGACUCAGAAAGCGAUCGUAUCCAAGAUCUGAAUCUCAUUCUCACCACUCUUUCUCCAUUUCACUUCCACCCUUUUUUAUUUCUGCUUUCAUGUAAUCAGAAUCCUUCGAUCUCCUCUUCUUAUUUCUGUAUCAUCUACAUUAAUUUUUCUUUUUUUUCUCUUCAAUUUUUAUAAACAUUUUAAUAUUAUUAACAUGUUAUCCAAUUUUAUUU